UCAUUUCUUUGCAAGCAAUUCAUCAAAUAUGGCUUCCAAGUUGGCCUUUCUUCUUCUUGGUCUCUUUGCUCUUUCACUCCUUAUCUGCUCGCUUGUAACAGCUAGGGACUUACCUCAUCAGUCUUCCUCUAAUCAUGCUGAAGUAGUGGAGACAAAAAAUCAUGGAGAGGUGGAUGAUGCCAAAUAUGGUUAUGGAGGUUACCCAGGUCGUGGUGGCUAUGGUGGUGGUUAUCCUGGCCAUGGUGGCUAUGGCGGUGGCUAUCCAGGCCGUGGUGGAUAUGGAGGUGGUUACCCGGGCCGUGGUGGUUAUGGAGGCGGAUAUCGAGGAGGAUAUUGCCGCUAUGGAUGCUGUGGUGGAAGGUAUGGAGGAGGCUGUAGAAGAUGCUGUUCUUAUGCUGGUGAAGCUGUGGAUGCACAGCCAAAGACUGAAGCUCAUAACUAAGACAAACCUCACCUACGUAUUAGAACUAUAAUAUGUACUGCUUUUGGUUUUGCAAAUAAAGUGUGAAUCACGUCAAAGUGUAAUGUGUGUCAUCUGCGUUAAGUAUUUCUAAUAUUUGUAUAAUAAAAUACCUCAGAGAUUGCUAUAAGCAAUCAAAAAUGGAAGAUGCCAAAGUUAUUAUGAAGUUUUCCUCCCGUCGCUAUGUAUCAUUUUCUCACCAUGAGUGAGAGCUGAAUAUUUAUAUUAACUAUAAUGAUGUCUUAUUA